UGGCGAUAACAAGCAGAGCAUACUCUGCUCAGCACGUGCUCAAAACUCAUCGGUGGGUGAAAAAGUUAAGUGUACGUUUCAGUGGUCCGACCAUACAAUGACAUCAGAAGACCGUUCUUCACGGAUCUCGGCAACAGCGCACUGACGUCACUGCGUCGACCAACGCUGAUGAAUAUGAGGAAAAAAAGAGGGGGUCUGAAGGGUGGGGGGGUGAGCGGCAAAGAUGGGAUCAUGACACUGGGUUUUUACUACUAAAGCAAAUAAAUUAUAUUUAGCUCUGUGUCCCCGAGCUUGAAACGGGUGGGUGUAUGAAGAGUUGCAGAGAAAGCGAAGCGAACUCGGCGAGGUAGCGGAGGCGAACGGUAGGAGGGGGCUGCUUCUGCUUGCCUGAGAAAAGCAAAACAACAUGGCUGCCGUGGACCUCGAGUGGAUCCCAGAGACACUGUACAACACUGCUAUAUCAGCAGUGGUGGACAACUACGGCCGAGCGCGGAGAGACAUCCGAUCCCUUCCAGAAAACAUACAAUUUGACGUAUACUAUAAGCUGUACCAGCAGGGCCGCCUCUGUCAGCUGGGUGGGGAGUUCUGUGAGCUGGAGGUCUUUGCUAAGGUUCUGCGAGCUUCAGACAAAAGGCACCUCCUGCAUCACUGUUUUCAGGCCCUGAUGGACCACGGUGUCAAAGUGGCCUCGGUCCUGGCCAACUCCUUCAGCCGCCGCUGUUCCUACAUCGCUGAGUCUGAUGCGCACGUCAAAGAGAAAGCCAUCCAGUUUGGCUUUGUUUUGGGUGGCUUCCUCUCAGACGCAGGCUGGUACAGUGAUGCGGAGAAGGUGUUCCUGUCGUGUUUGCAGCUGUGCUCGCUGCAUGAUGAGGUCCUGCACUGGUACCGUGCCGUUGAGUGCUGUGUGCGGUUGCUCCACGUCCGCAACGGCAACUGUAAGUACCACCUGGGGGAGGAGACCUUCAAACUGGCCGAGUCCUACAUGGAGAAGCUGGCCAGCCACGGACACCAGGCCAACAAAGCAGCCCUCUACGGCGAGCUGUGUGCGCUGUUAUUCGCCAAGAGCCACUAUGAUGAGGCAUACAGGUGGUGCAAAGAGGCUAUGAGGGAGAUCACAGUGGGCUUCCUGCCAGUCAAAGUGUUGGUUGAUGUGCUGAGACAGGCCUCCAAGGCCUGCGUGGUAAAGCGAGAAUUCAGGAAGGCAGAGCAGCUGAUAAAACAUGCAGUGUUUCUGGCACGGGAACAUUUCGGGCACAAACACCCCAAAUAUUCAGACACUCUGCUAGAUUAUGGUUUCUACUUACUUAAUGUAGAUAACAUCUGUCAGUCAGUUGCCAUUUACCAGACGGCCCUGGAUAUCCGGCAGUCCGUGUUCGGGGGGAAGAAUAUCCAUGUGGCGACCGCCCAUGAAGACCUGGCAUACUCCUCCUAUGUCCACCAGUACAGCUCGGGCAAAUUUGACAAUGCCCUAUUCCAUGCAGAACGUGCCAUAGACAUCAUCACUCACAUUCUCCCAGAGGACCAUCUGCUGCUGGCCUCGUCCAAACGGGUGAAAGCCCUCAUACUGGAGGAGAUUGCCAUUGACUGCCAUAACAAGGAGACGGAGGAGAGACUUCUGCAGGAGGCACACGAUCUGCAUCUCUCCUCCCUCCAGCUGGCCAAAAAGGCCUUCGGGGAGUUCAAUGUCCAGACGGCUAAGCACUAUGGCAACCUGGGCCGGCUCUACCAGUCCAUGCGCAAGUUCAAGGAGGCAGAGGAGAUGCACAUCAAGGCCAUCCAGAUCAAGGAGCAGCUCCUGGGCCAGGAGGACUACGAGGUGGCACUGUCCGUGGGCCACCUGGCAUCCCUCUACAACUACGACAUGAACCAGUACGACGACGCCGAGAAGCUUUACCUGCGCUCCAUUGCCAUUGGUAAGAAGCUGUUUGGUGAGGGCUACAGCGGGCUGGAGUAUGAUUACAGGGGCCUGAUCAAGCUGUACAACUCAGUGGGGAACUAUGAGAAGGUGUUUGAGUACCACAACAUUCUGUCCAACUGGAACCGCCUUAGGGACCGGCAGUUUGCGGUGGCCGACGCCCUGGAGGAUGUCAACACCAGCCCGCAGGCCACCGAGGAGGUUGUACAGGCUUUUCUGGUGUCACAGAGCCAGGAGAUGGGGCAUGUCUGCCUGGACUGAUUGCCUGAAAACAUACUUGCACGUACACACAUGCGCGCGCACACACACACACACACACACACACACACACACACACAUACACAACCUGCUCAGUUUCCCCUGGGUACGAACCUCGAGCGGCACAUCUGCAGGCAAGCACCUGUACACUGUGGAGACGGUGAAGAUCUGUGGACCAAUCUCUUCACUUGCACCAGCAGCUCCCUUCUUUGCUGAAGAGACCCUGACUCCUCCCCCAUGCUCACACAAACACACACAUAUACACGGGGGCUCCCGAAGCUCUUCACAUGUUUUUCUGCAGAUUAUGGUCCUGACUGUGGAAAUGGCUUUAAGAGGACAGAAACAAGAGAGCAAAACUGAGCCCUUGUAAUAGCCUCUGUCCUUCUUGGAGCUGUACAGUGACACUCGUGUUUUUUGUGUGUUCUUUUUUCAUUUUGAGGUUGUAUUUUUUGUAUCUAAACAAGAAUAGCCUCUCACACUGUGGGAGUAAUACCCAGUGUGUCCAAUCCUGUGGCCCAGGAGUCGAUCAGGAUGGAAUGAGCAAGCCCCAUCCGGUCAGUCAAAGAGAGGCAGGCCUGAUGCCCAGAGCCAGGGAGCUGGCUCCUCCCUGUUGUAAGGGAGAGGCAUGCCUCAGUUCCCAGUGUUGCAUGUUUCUAAGAGAAGUGUUACUGAAGUGGUUCUGUUCUGGAAAGCACUGCCUGAUUCACUCUGUAUUGGUUCUGUUCCAAGAAAUAACUACUUGGUCCCAUGUGUUGACUGGACCUGUUAAAAUGUUUUUAAAAAAAGAAAAUUGGACCAUUAUGUUACUGUGGUGAUAUCUGAAGACUCUUUGGACCAGUGGCUUUAGAGUAGUUUCAGAUAUGAACAUGCUUGAGAGUUAAUCAGAUUUUACUUUUUUCCCUUAUCAAGUUAACAGUAUGAUUAAAAAAUGUAAAUGCCAAUCAAGUAAACUGUUUUGACACAGUGAUUUAUGAAUGGCCAAACCAAAAAAUGACUUCAGACUGUAGUGUGAGAGCAUGACCAGGAGGUGGCACCCUGCUUGUUGGCUGGGAGGCAGUGAGUUUGCUGUGAAGGUUUACUGGUGAGGUGCUGGCCUUGUUCUCACAGGGUGCUCAGGACAGCAGGGGGCUGCCUGCUGUGUCACUAAUACCCCCUACCUGCCCACCCCGUUUAGCUGUGAAGGAGCAUGACUGAGGUAUGUGUGUGUUUCAGGAGGGGGUGAGUCUCAAUCUAAAGGUAUAACCCCCUCCCCCCCCCAUGUCAUGACACAUGACACUGAAAUGGUGGCAGAGCCAACUCCAUGAGAGUCCUAAACGCCUUUAUACCUUCACCUGCUCUCCCAUACUGAGAGGAUUUAAACACCUAUGUGUGAGUGAGACUAAGGUAGACAGCCCUGUGCGUGCGUGUGUGUGUAUGUGUGCAUUCCAUAGCUAAUAAAUUAUUGCCUGCUUUCAACAUUUUUAGAGUCCUGGAUUUUGGUCUUUAGAACUUUGAGGAGCUUGAGGUUCAAACAGAAAGGAUUUCUUAUCAUAUGUGGAUUGCAACACCAGUCUAUAGGAAAAAAAGGAGGUCUGGUGAAUAAAUGCCUCUUUGUUACACUUCUGCAUGUGUAUUUGUAUGUGUGUUUGUGUACGCAUGUGUGUAUGUGUGUGAUUUUAGCCUUCAUCCGCUUCAAGCCAAAGCCUUAAAGGAGGACGAAGCCUCUGGUGCUCUGGGUGGGUGAGAGAACUCUCUUCUUUGCCACUGAGGUCUGGGUCAACUUCUUGUCAUGUGACUGAUGACAUGUCCGCCUCUGAGCAGUGCUGUAGACAGACCCCUCCCAUGGUAUCAGUCUGUGGGACUUGUCAAUGGGGUGGGAUGGGUGGAGGAGUCAUACGUGCAGCAGUAUCUCAUUAAUAAAUCCUGAUUUCU